AUGCGACUUUACCAACGAUGCAUUGUCGCUGCAUUUUUCUAUUCGAUAAAUGCUAUUCUCAUUAUACUUUCCUUGAAAAGUGAAAGACUUUGGCAAUUUUAUGUAGAGCCGAUUGGACUUUUUGGAUGCUUUGUGAUGUUGGGUUCAAUAGCUUCAGAUUUUUUAACACCAUCACUAUCUCAAAUAUCUAGGGAUAUCCUGCAUGUCUCUGACAGAGUUUCUGGAUUCACCCUACUGGCAAUGGGUAAUGCCAUUCCCGAUAUUACCGGAACAUACCAAGCUAUGAACGCAGGUGCCAUUACUUUAGCCAUUGGUGAAUUAUUGGGUGGUAUAUUCUUCCUAUUAACUGUGGUAUUGGGUUCUAUGGCUUUAAUCAAAACAAUCGAGUUAAAACCAAUGGACAGAUUGAGUUGUAACUUGGAGAGUUUAGCGGAACCCUUAAGUGUGGAUGAAUCUGGGUCAGUAGCUUACAAUCGACAACUCUUCGUUCAAGACAUGUCGAUCUUUGCUGGACUAAUUCUGUUGUCGAUUUAUUUCCUUUGUGAUGGUACCCUCAUGCUUUGGGAAUGUGCAGUAAUGGUACUGGCCUACUGUGCGUAUGCAACUUUCUUAGUGUUUGACCACAAACGUGAUAAUUUGCUCCCUUCAAGUCCAGUAGUGUCUGCCCAACGUGAAAACUCAGAUGCGAUGGCUGAUAUUACUACCAUUGUAAGUAAUGUUGAAGUACCUGAAAUAUCUCGCCGUGGGAACAUUCAUAUGUUCAAUGAAGGUAUUAGGGAGAGGAGGGCUAAUAUCAGAAGAAGGAUUCGUCAGUAUUUGCGAGUCAAUUAUAAUAGAUGGAUUAGAAUCAGGCUUAGAGACUUUUUAGACAUUUGGGAAAACGAAACUUUAUUGAAGAACCAACAAGUUGCUGCCGCUGAUAUCUGUUCAGAUAUAGAGAGUGAAUUUGAUCAAGAUACCAUUCCGCCGCUGGUGGCUAGGCGAAGGGCUUCGUCUUGGCAAGAAGGUGAUAUCUCUGCAGAUUUACCUGUAAUAUCCCAUCCUCCACCAGAAACUCAAUCAUCAGAGGGAAGUGUGCAUUAUUCAGGGCCCCAAGAAAAUGAUCAACUGUUGUCGGUUCCACAGAAGAGACCUGUAUGUUCUAAAUCUUUGAGUUGCGACCACCUGCCUGAUCUAAGACCGCUUUACUAUACGUUGACACCGGUGGGUCAAUCUGACGAGCAACAUGUUGUUGUCAUGGAAUCACAGGCCGUGGAAGGUUCUCCUAAAACUUUUAAAUCUUGGCUUCAAAGGUUCAAGCUCUAUGGUUAUUUAACGGAUGCCAAUGCCUUUGUCCCCACUUCAGAAUUCAUAUUACUACUGUUUACUACACCACUCACCAUCUGGUUAACUAUACUGGUUCCAGUGAUGCCUCAAGAUAAACAAGAUAAACCGCACCAUAUUCUCGAUGUGAUCAGAUUUUCAUUGGUUCCGGCAAUUUCCUCUCUUCUGCUGGCGGAAGAGUGUCCUUUGUCGGUGCUUUUACUGUGUUCCAUUCUUUUUAUCAUUCUAUCCUUUAGAUGGUAUAAAGGUAUUAUCAACUGGAAUAUAAACUUGCGAGCAAUCGCAGGCUUUGUUUUAUCAUUGAGUGCAACAUCCUUUAAUGUGCAUCUCGUAGUAAACAUCCUGAUGAAAUGGGGAGAGAAAUUUAACAUUUCCAAUACCAUUCUAGGCCUAACAGUUUUUGCCUGGGGUAAUUCUUUCGGUGAUUUAGUUUCAAACAUUGUUUUUAUGGAAAUUGGUGUACUAGACAUUGCUCUUGGCGCCUGCUUCGGUAGUCCGCUGUUGUAUUUUCUGCUAGGUAUUGGUGUCGAUGGUAUUAUACUAAUGUUAGGAAGUCAUAAGGGUUGUGAAAAAUCUCUCAUAAAAUGUGGUAUUGAUUUCCAAGUGGAUUCACAUCUCAGUCUAAGCGCCAUUGGUGUUUUGGUAUCAUUCAUCAUCCUGGGGAUUGUGGUACCGAUAAACGGUUGGCGUAUUGACAAGAAGAUCAGUAUAACACUGCUGGUCCUCUACAUCUUCAUUACUGGACUUAAUAUAUACAUAGAAGUUAUUUAG